UGGCAGACUGUCGAGCCCUGGAAGGUGUACAGAGAUAUUCCUCCUUCCCCACAUACCUCCCAGUCAACUAUCAGCUGCUAAAUACGGAGUUGGGUUUUUUCCUCAAGGAAGCCAACCAGGACUUCAUGAGGAACUCUAGCCUGACGUCACGGACUGAGGCUUUCUUCAUCUACCAAGCCAGAAACCUGCCCUCGGUGAACGCCAGCUAUGGGCCUCUCUCUGUGGAGCAACCUGUUCCUAUAGAACUGCUGCAGAGUCCCCGGACGUUCCCCGCUUCGUCAGUUUUCACCUUUAACUGGAAGGUGCAGACCUUCAUCAUGAACACGCAGAUUGAUUUAGCCAAGCCCAAAGUACAGGUACUGUUUUACAUAGCGGGCAGGGACUGGGACGACUACAGUACGAUUGAUAAGCUGCCCUGCGUGCACAUGUUCGCUUUCCAUGAGACCCAGGAGGUACGUGGCGCCUGUCAGCUGAAAGGGGAGCUGGGGCUGUGUGUGGCCGAGCUGGAGCCACUGGCCAGUUGGUUCAGCUCCCCCAGCGUAGUGCCAGGGCGGCAGAGGAAUGCUGACAUGUCCGAGGGCACCCCGGUGGAGCUCUACUAUUUGCUGCGGUCCACAGAAGCGGGACAAUGCCACUCAGAGGAGUCCAGAAAGGAGAGCUUCCUCCGCUCCAAUCAAGAAGGGCUUUUCGGUAUCUAUACCUCCACCCCACUGAAGAGGAUUGGUGGCGUGAGGCUCUUCAAGAACCCCGCAGAGCCCCCUUUUACUGACCACUGGCUGGAUAAUAACUUUAUGGUCAUGGUUCCAGCCACACCCAUGAGACAGAGGGAGACCGUGUCUGCCUUUAUCGGCGUCUCUCCUUACUCCACGGUGGAGAUGUUUACUCUCAGCAGACACAAUGGAGUGCAAUGCAUGAAAAAUCCAAUGACACGGGCUCUACCGGGACCAACUUAA